AUUUUGUAAUUAAGCCCGUUGUUGCAUUCUUAUCACACAACCGUAUUUAUAUUUACUGAGUCAUUACAGUAUAAAGGCAGUGCAGUAAGGGUCAAUGGUACCCAAUAGUAUUUUUAACUAACAAUCUUUUGAUUAUUUUCACAUACAAUACCAAGUCAAAAGUAUAUAUUUUAUGAAGUGAGUCUUAAAGAUAAAGCAUCAAUGAUGAUGACAUUGGCAUUUUGGAAUCUUGUCAAAACUUAAGAAAACAGGAAGUCCAUGCACAUGAGCAAGAACUGAGCAGGGAUACAGCUUCAAAUUGAAGAGGCACAAAAAGUUUAGGAAAUGAUUUUUUACAGGGCAAAUUAUCCAAGUGGGAAAUUAAACUGGCAUAUAAUACAAGCUGUUUCUUUGGUUGCCAUCAGCUAUGAAAUGUUAUCUGGAAAGGGUGGCGUGAAGGCCUGGACAUACCAUUAUAACAUUACUCCAAACAUGAACUGGGACACAGCUCGACAGUGGUGCAGGGACCACUUUACUGAUAUGGUUGCAAUUCAGAAUCAAAAAGAGAUAAAAUACCUGAAUGAUGUCUUACCAAGUAACCCUAACUACUACUGGAUCGGUAUCAGGAAGAUCAAUGACAGGUGGACAUGGGUUGGAACUAACAAAACCUUAAAGAAAGAAGCUGAAAACUGGGCCCCUGGUGAGCCAAACAAUAAAGGAAGAGCUCAGGACUGCGUGGAGAUUUACAUCAAGCGUUCUUCCCAUGCUUCAAAAUGGAACGACGAAAGGUGUACAAGACAAAAGGGAGCCCUGUGCUUUCAAGCCUCUUGCACAGCCUCCUCCUGCACUGCCUGGGGGGAAUGUAUAGAAACAAUUGGAAACUAUACAUGCAAUUGCUACCCGGGAUUCAAGGGACCACGCUGUGAAUAUGCUAUGGAAUGUGAAAAUCUACACCCCCCACACCACGGCACCAUGAACUGUAGCCACUUGUUUGGACCAUUUCAAUUCAACUCAUCUUGUGAUUUUGGCUGUAACCAAGGCUUUGUGAUGGCUGGAUCAGGGCUGCUACAGUGUCAAGCAUCAGGACAGUGGACAACAGACUCACCAACAUGCCAAGCUGUAAAGUGUAACGCAUUGAAUACUCCCAUAAGAGCAAUCCUAAACUGCACCCACCCUUUGGAAGACAACAGUUUUAACUCCACCUGCGAGAUUGGUUGUGAAAAGGGGUUUUCAUUGAGUGGACCAAACAGGUUACAGUGUACAGCAAGAGGACAGUGGAUAGGACAGAUGCCAACAUGCAAAGCUGUAAAAUGUGAAGCGCUAAGUAUCCCCAGUCAUGGUUCAAUGGACUGUGCGCAUCCAAUUGAGAAGUUCAGUUAUAACUCAGGGUGCUGGUUUGGCUGUGAAGAAGGCUUUCUUCUCAAUGGAACAAACUCCACACAGUGCACUUCACAGGGUCGAUGGUCUGCACAGACUCCAUCCUGUCAAGCUCUAAAAUGCCAGUCAUUAAAGACUCCAAUCCGAGGUGUGAUGAACUGCUCACAUCCAUUUGGAGACUACAGAUUCAACUCAAGCUGUGAGAUGGGCUGUGAAGAAGGUUUCAUAAUGAGGGGUUCAGACAUCCUGCAGUGUAAUGCCUCUGGACUGUGGACAGAACCCCUGCCCACAUGCCAAGCUGUAAAAUGUGAAGCGCUAAGUAUCCCCAGUCAUGGUUCAAUGGACUGUGCGCAUCCAAUUGAGAAGUUCAGUUAUAACUCAGGGUGCUGGUUUGGCUGUGAAAAAGGCUUUCUUCUCAAUGGAACAAACUCCACACAGUGUACUUCACAGGGUCGAUGGUCUGCACAGACUCCAGCCUGUCAAGCUCUAAAAUGCGAGUCAUUAAAGACUCCAGUCCGAGGUGUGAUGAACUGCUCACAUCCAUUUGGAGACUACAGAUUCAACUCGAGCUGUGAGAUGGGCUGUGAAGAAGGUUUCAUAAUGAGGGGUUCAGACAUCCUGCAGUGUAAUGCCUCUGGACUGUGGACAGAACCCCUGCCCACAUGCCAAGCAGUUGUAGAAUGUCCUCCAUUGCCUAUAUCAUCAGCAGUGGAAAUGAACUGCUCCCAUCCAAUUGGAUAUUUUAGUUUCCUUUCCAGCUGUUACUUUAGCUGUGCAGAAGGGUCUAAGCUUAAUGGAACAAAUAGGCUUCACUGCACCUCUGAUGGGCAAUGGACUGGAACCGUUCCUUCUUGUGCAGCACAGGUGAUGUCUACUGGAAUGGCACUGUUACUGUACACUGGUGUGGGCUCAGGAGCUGCGGUUUUGCUGCUUCUUCUUGGUGGAUUCGUGUUUCUGAUUGUAAAACGUCUUGCCAGGCAAAGUGACAAACAAAUACUUUGUCCUGAAGGGAAUAGUGCUGUUUUAGAAGAAUGUGCAAAUCCUGCAUAUGAUGGAAUCUAAGACCCCUAGCGGCACUGUGAAUGUUUAUGGCAGACCAGAGGACAAUUUGACCCCAUUUUGAUUCAGUUAAAUUUAUUCCCUGCUUUGUGAGAGAGAAAGCUGGAGUGGCUGGUUUUAAAAUAUUGCACUCUGUAUGUGCGUUCUGUAAUGAACUUAAUAUAACAAUGUUGAGAGUUCUAGUGCUGAAAAACUUCGUCAAAUUUAAUGGUACGGUUUUUUUAAAGCUUUUUUUUUUGCUGGAUCAAUCUAUCUUGCAUUCAUCAUUCAGCUAGACUAGAUAAAACACACUGAACCUUUGUGAUAAUACAUUUCUAAAACAAAUUCUAAUAUACAAUGGUUCUUUCUUGAUAAAUUAAAUUGUCUACCUAUCGAUACUUGAUCAUUUAUCAAAGUGUUUAUACUAAUGUUACAGUAAGUUUCCCAAGUUAUCUGUUUUUAAAAUAAGAUUAAUUUUUUUUAAUCCCGGAAACACAUGGACCCAAAUUUGCCUCACAUACAGGUCAGAUCAUCUGAAAUGAAUUGGAGAUGGGAAGCUGCUAUUUUAAAGACCCAGUGUUAGGCAGCAGCAGUCCUACCCCUGCCUUUCCCAGUGGGUGCUACUGUUGAACAAGUAUUUACAAGAAGUGAAAUUGAAGAAUAAGUUACAGAUGCCCGAAAAAUGAGCUUCACAAUAUAUGCAUUCUGCUUUUCUAACCAAAAAAGUCUAGGAAUAAAGGCAUAAUCUUAUUAUGAUGUCAAAAUGAAUUUUGCUCUCUUUGUUUUAUGUUGCAAUCAUUUGCCGUGAACAUUUGAACAUGUUUAAUUUGUUUAAACUUAUUUUCACUGCCUGUCGAUAUUCAAUU